AUGACCCGAGCAAGCAUCGCUCCAGUUGCCUGGUUGGUUCUAUCUUUCUUGCAGCAGAAGUACUACACAUGCGCAUACUUUGGACCUCCCGACGAUAGACUUUCAACGACUACAAAUGCAACUGACAGAUGCCAUUUUAAGCUAGGCAUUCGAUCAAAAGAGAUGGAAGAAAGCUGUAAAACCCGCAGUCAGAUUGCUGGAUGGACGCUGUUGCUCGUAUUUAUGCUCGUUCUUUUUACCUCUGUCUGCAUUCGUCGAUGCGUAGAAAAAGGAGGGUAUCUACGAAUACCUAGCCCUGAAUACUACAACCAUGUUGAGGCCAAAGAAGCUUUAGAACAGUACCACGCUAUAGCAAAAGAGCUAAAAAAAGAAAGAGCAAAACAGGGGAUUCAUAAUUUAUUUGAAAAGGUUUUGAGUAAAGACGUUGAUUCCCGUUUAAAGGAUGUCGGAGCUCUAAUACAAGAGAGGUAUCAUCAGUUUUUCGUCAUACCCCCAGAGAGCCCUUCAUACAGAUCUCCCCAGGGUACAUCAGAUGAUUCCCCUACGUUUUAUUCACUGACACAGACCGGAAUUUCCCCGGUACUUGUAACGGACGGAUCUGAAGAAGGAAGCUUUGAAUUUCACUCCAGCUACGUAGAUGUUCAGCUGUCAUCACAAUUUAAUGCAGCAUCACAAAACCCUAGAAAACUUACCGGGAUAAGACUUCGUCAAGACGCCAUCGACAUGAACUGAAACUCAUCAAUUCACCACGUGAGUUAAAAAGGCCGACCAGCUGUCUGACCUAAAGCCAGCUAAGAGACGAACCAUUAAAAAAGGUAUGGGGGGUGGCGAGUUUUCGAGCUGCAUGAAUUUAGGAUUAAUUUAGGAUUACUUGAAAGGAAUGGUAAAUAGAUAAUAAUCCAGAUGAAGAUUCUGAUUCCGAGAAAGAGUUUUCUUUGGCUUGCUUCCUUUAUUUCAAGCACCCAUUCUACACAUGGAAUGCUAUCUGGCAGUUCACAGCAUCAAUAAAACGUGUGAAAAAGUGCUAUGGGGAUUUUGCACUGUCCCUACUCCUUCCCCCCCCCCUCCCCCCUCCAUUGUUUUUUCUUUUGCUUUUCAACUAUUGGGUAGGUGAAACUCUGUUUUGAAAUUGCUGAGAGCACUGAGCAGACCUAUUCACUCAUAUACCACCUCUAAUCUCGCCGGGUGUUAGUGGAAACUUUUGCCUCGCUUUCGUGUGUUCAACAACACAGAUGACCAUUGCAACGCUGGCUAAACCAUGUACUUUACCAGUUACUCGAUGCAGGGAAUGUCACGAUUCUUUCGUCUUAAAAAGUAUUCCCUUGUUAACACAUUAUCUGACAUCGGACCUUAACAAGCCAGUUUUGAUUCGGAAAUAGUACGGUAAUGUAGUUUUUAUCGUUCUAAACUGAGCAGAUACAUGGAUAAUAUGAACAAGGAAGGCGCUAUCGCUGUUUAAAUUAUUCUUUUCGAUCGGUUUCAUGCUGAUAUAAACUAAGGGAAUUUAAAUAUCAUAAUGUUUACUUUGGCGCUUCUUGACACACAUUCAGGUAUUUCUGCAAGACCGUUUGGAUUUUUCAAGUAUUUUUCCCCUUAUUUUACUGUUUUAUCGACACCACGAGGAGUUUCAGACCGGUACCUUUAUAGGUGCGAAAACCCUCUUAGGAAAAAUUAGUUAUUUCUGUUAGGAGAGGAUACCCCUAUCCCUUGAUCCUCUCUUGAUUUUCUUGAUUUGAUGCAGAGAAAACUGAAUUUGUUUGCACGUCAGUUCAAACUUAUUUCAAACUUCACCUAGAGUAUUUUAUCUCCUUUUGAUACUAAUUGCUUGCUUUGAAGGAUAUACAAGAAUUGAUGUGUUUUAUAGAUAUAUACAGAUCAUCUAAUACAAAUACUAAUGCAAAGACCCGGCCAUGGCAAACGCCUUCACAAGUGUCUACAUUAUGACAAAUGGAUUCUGUUUGCAAAUAAAUUCCCUACUUUAAUUUAGUGAUCGAGAAAUAUAAGGCGCAUGUUGCAGCACUUUGAGCUGAAAUGUCAUGCAAAUUUACCAACCUUAAUAACGAAAUGUACUCCCCCUAGUUCGUUUUUGAUGGAGCAUUUGGAACAACAAGAUGAGUCUAAGGUCGCUUUUCGAGAGCGAACUUUCAAAGCCUUAUUUCAUGGUCGUUUCUGUUUUCGUGUAUCCUGUUUCGUAUUUCUUAUCAGUUUCCCUUUUCUUAAGGAGAAAGCUUUUAGUAUGUCCGUCGCUGAAAGGUUUGACUCACCGUCAAUCUUCAGUAUGUAG